UCUGUUCACACGACACAACCCGGUCGACCGGUAUAGUGACUUGACGUCAGAUUAUCAUAAGAAAUCGUUUUAUUAAACACGAAUGUAACAACGAUGUUACAUAAAGUGUUGUGUGUUGUAGUGUUACUUGUGUCACAAGGGUUUACCGUUAUUUCAGAUAAACCAUGUUCAGAGCGACAAAUCAGUGGCCAGUCGGUGGUGUGCGUGUGCAAUGCCACCUACUGCGACGAGCUCACGAGGAAAACUCCUGGGGAAGGCACCUUCGUCAGCUAUACAUCCUCUGAGUCUGGCCUCAGAUUUCAAAAGGGGAUCGGAAGUCUGUCUGAAUCUAACGAAACUGGUAAUAACACAGGAAGCUGCGGGUACUCGUUGACCCUGGACCCCUCGACGGUGUUUCAGACCAUAGAAGGGUUCGGUGGAGCCACCACGGACGCAGCUGGAAUGAACUGGAAGAACCUGACCGAUGCCACUUUGCAGCAAAUACUUAUUGAUUCUUACUACAGCAAGUCUGGGCUCGAAUACAGCAUGGCAAGAGUGCCUAUUGGAGGGACAGACUUCUCCACGCAUCCCUACGCGUACAAUGAGCUCCCGAAGGAUGAUGUAAAGCUAGCAAACUUCUCAUUGGCUUACGAAGAUUUUGAGUAUAAGAUCCCCAUGCUCAAAGCAAUCCUGGCGGCCGCUACCAAGCCAGUGCACCUGGUGGCUACGACCUGGUCUCCUCCGGCCUGGAUGAAGACCAACGACCAGUAUACAGGCUUCAGCCGGUUGAAGCCAGAGUAUUAUCAGACUUAUGCUGAUUACCAUGUAAAGUUUCUAGAAAAGUAUACUGCUGAAGGGAUACCUAUCUGGGGCAUUACGACUACAAACGAGCCGAUAAACGGGGUGUUCAACUUGGCCUCCUUCAACUCUCUUGGCUGGUCACCGAGUGAUAUGGGAAGUUGGAUAGUGAAUAACUUGGGACCAACGAUACGGAAUUCCACCUUCAAGGACCUGAAGAUUAUCACACUGGACGACCAGCGAGUCACCAUACCUGUUUGGUUUAAUUUGAUGAUAAAGAAGUAUCCAGAAGCUCUCCAAUACAUAGACGGAGUAGGAGUCCACUACUACACAGACAAAUUCGUCCCCGCAUCGGUUUUGUCCCUGAUUUCCAAUUCACACCCGGACAAGUUCAUACUGGCCACUGAAGCUUGUGAAGGUUCAGCGCCAUGGCAAACCGAGAAAGUGAUCUUGGGCUCCUGGACCAGAGCAAAAAGCUAUAUCGUUGACAUCAUUGCGGAUCUGAACCACAACGUGAUCGGCUGGAUAGACUGGAACCUCUGCCUGAACGACCAAGGAGGCCCCAACUGGGUGAAGAACUACGUAGACUCCCCGAUCAUCGUCUACCCUGAGAAGAACGAGUUCAUAAAGCAGCCCAUGUACUACGCUAUGGGGCACUUCUCUAAAUUCGUGCCGAGGGGCUCCAGAAGAAUUAAGUCUACGGAGAAGAAGUCGCUUCUGUCAUCUUCUUUGGACAAUGUGGCUUUCAUCACGCAGUACAAUACGGUAGUCGUCGUCGUUUAUAACGGUGGGGGACAGAGAGAUAUCUGCAUAAAAUUGGGCAAAACAAAGGCCACGGUGUCAUUAGCGAGCAAAUCUGUGGUCACCGUGGAAUUCCCCAUAGAACAAUAACGAGGAACGGACAUGUACAUAUUUUAUUAUAAUUUAUAUAAAUGAUGGUAACAUGACUGUAAAAGUUACGAGACCGGUUAUUUAUUUAAUAAAAAUUUUGUUACUUAAAAUCUAC